GCUGCUCUUCGCUCUGUUCUGUGAUCAUGGCUGCACUGGACCACACCAGCCAUGUUUGCUAAUUUAAAACCCAAAGGUUAGGGAAUAAUUGUUUAUUAUUUACCCGUGUGCCAUCCUUACCCACGUAUCCGCUUAGACGAAGGUUUAGAAGCCUCUGCGCCUUCGAAAUCCCAGGACUGAAAGGUUGGACAGCUUUAUGUGAAAUAUGAGCGAAACUUUUGAUGGUGGCGGUGUGGGCAGAUGAUGAUGCUGCUCUGCAAAAUUGUGUCUGUGUGCGCGCAGCGUAAACAAUGUAACUUCAUCAGGCUGCUAGCUAACGUUAGCCCGUGAACAAAAGGGGGAGCACGCCUCCAUCUGUUAACAAGUGAGUCUGAAUGAGUUACUAUUAGCUAAUAUCCACACACCGGUGGAUACUAGUUUUCAACCGCGGCGCUCUCCACCGAUGAUGGGCAGCGUACACUUAGACCAGCGUGGCUGCGGUACCUGCUACCUGGCUAUAAGCUAACAUCGCAGCUUUUGGGCAUACCUUAUGGAUGCUAUCAGCUAUCUCUCGAGCGUGUCUCAGCUAAGUUCAACCUUGGAAAAAGAGCGUUUUAUAUGUUCUUAAUAAACAUAUUUGGCUCUCUAAUAUGUUUAUAUCACUCUUUGUUGUGUUAAACUUCUCCUUUAGCGUUUACACAGCCGACUAGCAUCGCUUUGAAGCAAAAUGUUCAUAUGAGAAAAUGAGCUAACUGAGCUAACACGGCGCCUGCUUUUGCUGUGGCCUUGUUGAAUAGGAAAUUCAUACAGGGCUACUUUUGUGUUACAAGGGGACGAAACUGCUAAACAGCGACAUGUUUAGGAACAGUCCUGCGGGCCUCGAGGUGGCCGCAAUAUGUUCUCGUUAAUCCCCCCUAUUGUUAGUGGGCCGAGGCCGCCGGGUCUUGGAUCCUGUCUGUGUGGCUGUGGCUGCCUGGGCCGAGCAUUGAUCACGGUUAGAUGGAGGAAGGAUGUGCUCCUGUUUUAGCGGCGCCUCAUCAGCGUUAAUGAUGAGCGUCUAUCGUAACAUCCCCACGCUAAGGCCUGGCAUCUGCUGCUGUUGGCUGCGACAUUUUGACGGCUGCUGUUAAGAGGAAAUGGUGCUGGAACAACAAGCGACAUUUCACGGAUUAAUUUUCCUUAAUACGUGGCGCACAAAAACUGAAUGAAUGUGACUAAUAGUUCAAACAAUGAAUUAGUGAUUCAGACGGAGCUCGGAUAUCUAUGCCGCCCUAAACUCGCACGUAUUCAUUCAGCAGGAGGUGGAUAUUGAAAGUUGGUUUCAUUUUUUGUUUUGUUUUGUUUUUCAGAUGGAGUCAAAUAAUCAUUUCAACUAUGGCACCCACUCCUCAGCUAACUCAGGACUGAAACUCUCCUCAGGGGAUUCUCUUUACACUAACGGGUCCUCCAUGAGUUUUCCUCAGCAGGGGAAGAGUGAGUACUUUAAAGCUCCUGUAGGAAACUUUUGGUUGGUGUUGUUUUUGGCGCCCUCUGUGGACAAAGCAGACUUUACUGAUUUUGCCCUAUACAUGUGUACUCAGGAUGCGCUCUGUUUACCUUAAAAGUAGUUAUGGUGAGAUGAACCUCUUGAAGUGUGAAACAAUGUGACAAGACGAAUGUGCGUUUAUGUUGAUGAGAGUAGACGAAAACAUUAGUGGUGGACGACAAACAGAGUUGCAAAAUUCAUGAGCAUUUCGUCAGUCAAACGCUAAACAUAUAUUCUGCAGUGUUCUUUUCGUUGUCGUAAUCGUCAUGAAAACAACACUGGCGUUAGGCUUUGAAUUGAAUGAAUGAAUGGAUGUGAUGUCGUGUUUGUGAUACAAUACAGAAAUGAUGAAGUUAAUAAUAUAGUGUCUGUCUUUAAGACACGGUUGCACUGUCAAAAAGGGGAAUAGGACCUAAAUUAUGGAGAGGGUUGUGAUCUGAAUGUGUUUGUGUUACUUAGUUUGUUGUUCGUACUUUUGUUUUGGGGACAAUAUAGAACACAAAAACAUUUUAUUUACCGUAUUUUUCGCACUAUAAGGCGCACUUGAAAUCAUUUUGACUUGUUGGAGCACUGCAGCUACCGCAGCCUGGCGGAGUUAUUGAAUGAGUUAAAUAAAGUUUGACUUAUCUGACUGUUUUGUUUGGCGUAAUGCGCUUCAUAACCUGAUGUGCCUUAUGUAUAAAAAUAGACGCGUUCAUUGAUGGUGCGCCUUACCACCUUUAUAGUGCAAAAAUAUGGUAUUUUUAUUUAAAAACAACUUUUCAACAAGUCUCGAGUCUAUGGAUUGUGAGUAGGGGGGACUCCAUUGAGUUUUGCUGCCUGUUAAAUCAUCCGCCAAACCUGCGAACUGCUUCUUGAAUCAGUCACGUGGUACAGCCGAGUAACAAGGCUUCAGACGUCAUCAUUUUUGGCUCCCCCACUCAUGAAGCAAGCCUCGAUACGCGCUUCGCGUAAACGCCCCCUUCAUUACUUGACACACGCUUCGAAGCCUCGGCACAUCUCGUAACAUCACUAGUUUAAUUACAUGUAGGGCUGGCCGAUAUGGGAAAAAGUUUAUCACAAUAUAUUUGUUUCAUAUCAGUCGAUAUCGAUAAAUAUCACAAUAUAAAUAAAUCACUUGUCAAUCUUAAAUGUUCCCUGUUACUGUUACUGUUAAAUGAAAUUGGUAGCAUGUCUUUUUGCAAUGCAUCUGUGAGGUCGUUUUGUCGUAAGGUGUUGUGUUAGAGAAAGCGGACAAAAUGUUCGGUUCAGCGUGGCGCAGACCUGGAGCAACUCCCCUUUUCAUUGGCUAUUCGUAUAGUCUACCAAAACAUGGCAGAUUGCUGACUAUUGAAAAGCAUAUUGAUCACGUUUCAUAUCGAUAUCGAGGGAAAUUAAUUUUUGAUAUAUAUCACCGUUUUAUUGCCCAGCCCUAAUUACACGUGACAAGCUCCUAAUACACAUUAAACAGGUUUUUCUACUGUUGAUUCAGGGAGCAGCCAUCCUAGAUUUUGAGCUGGUUACUGUAGUUUCCUAGUUUGGAUUUUAGUUAGGGACAUCUCUGAAGGUCAUCUCACCGCCACAAGUGGUUUCAGACAUUUAAAAUAAUCUAAACUACUUCCAUUAUUAUCAAACACUGUUUUAAACUAACAUGAACUGUGACCUUUGAAGUUGACCAGUGUUGUGUCUUCACAGAUAUGAACGGCGAAAUGAAUGUGAAUGGCGUCACUACUGUACUUGGGUCUGGCAUGCCUGGUUCCAACCCACCAACCGCUCCUUACCCACACAUGAGCAACCAUCACCAGGGCAGCAUGGGCUAUGACUACUUGUGGGGAGGGCACCCUCAGUAUGGUCCAGCUAUGGGCUCUUCUCCUGGGCACGGGAUGCAUCAGAAGCAGCCUGCACCUGGCAUGGUGCAGCCUCAGUCACAGCACCACUUCCAGGGACAUGGACAGUACCAACUGAAUGGGGCUAUUGAAGGUUCCCACCAGCCCUCUGUGGGAGGCCCACCGAACAUGCCUCUGACUGGGGGUCAGUACUGGAACAGGAGUAACCCUGGCCCGCAGCAGAUGAGUUAUAAUUCCCACAGUCUGUAUGGGAGUUAUCAGAGUCAGGCACAUCCUGGAAUUACACCGUCACAGCAUCACCAGCAACAGUCUCUACAACCCUCACCGCACCCACCGUCACAGCCACACCUCCAUUCCCACCGCCAUCCACACCAACACCACCAGCAGCACCAGCAACCACAGCAUUAUGGCAUGAUGCCUAAUGGGAUGCCGUACUACCAGCAUCAACCCCAGCACCCGUCCCUACCGUCUCCUCAGCAGCAGCAGCCGCUGCAGCAGACUCAGCCCCAAAGCCAGGCCCAGAUGAUCCCACCUGCUGCUCAGAAUUUUACUCCCCCUCGUGGCAGCCCACAGCACCACAGUUUGGGGAGGGGGGGUUCUGGCAGCCCCCUUCCUGUGGGGAUAUCCUCAGCAUCAGUGAUAGCACCAUCAGCAGUGCAGGAGAGUGGAUCACCCAAGGGCCACUGCAGGGAGCGUAGCCCCCAUGCCAGCACUGUGGGAGUGUCUUCUGUCAUUCAAGGUGACCGUUUUACCCUUUUGGCAACCUUUUCGAAACUUAACGACUCAUUUAUUUCCUGUCAGUUAUUGUGUAUUUCUCCAUUUUCUAAAAGAAGUUAUCACCAUUAUUUGCAUUCCUGGAACUGGUUACUUCCAUUUAAAGUUUUAUUUCCCCUUAAAUCAAACAGUUCUCUUCUCAAACUUCAUAUUUCCCCCUUUGAUAGUACCAGCUGAGCUUUUAAGACCCUUCAUGUGUUAGCCGGCUACGAUUACAAUUUUAAUAAAGUGUUACAACUUUUUUCCCCGCGCAUUAGAUAAACCACCUGCCUUUCUUCACAUCAACAUAAGCAUUUGAGAGAUGCCUGUCUGUCUGUGUUAACCCCACCCCUGCAUACUCGAAGUCUGAGCGUACAGGGGUGGGGCUGCUCAGUAGGAACAAAAACCAAGUGUUGAAGGGACAUUAGCAAGUUUGUUGAAGACAAGAACAAAAGCUGCAUUUUAGCUAGAAAGAGAGGGGUCACUGUCUUUACCAGAAACGCCAGUGAUAGCAGUGUGAGGCCUGCACGUUAAGUAGGGCUGCUCAGUUCAUUUGAAAUUAUUUGAAACUGACACUUGGAAGCAAAAUCUGGCCUCAUGUCGACUGUUUCAAUUUCUUUUUUCAUCAUUCUGUCCCCUUAAAAACACGCCACCCCUUGCGUAGUCCCACUGAUCCCAGUGUCCAGUCUGCAACUUAGAGAAGUCAAACUGAGUAACUUCAGCAUCUUGUACCAAAGAAAAAAGCUGUGUCUCUUCUUUGAAUGUAAAAUUACAGUUUUAACAUUUAACUAUAUUCACAGCAAAAACCGUUUCAAUGAAACUCGCAGACCAAAUACAAAUCAAAUGAAAUAAAUCAGCGGUUCAUUGAUUGUAAUCGAGAUAAAACGUUGAAUUAAUUGUGAUAUUGAUUUGAGGUGGAAUCACCCGGCACUAACAGCAAGCAUUAAAAAGUUUUCCCAACACACCACUCAGACGUUUAUGGGCGAUGAGAUGAACAAAUCAAUAAAAAGCCUUUUGUUAAUCACAAAUCAUCUGCUCGGUUUCCAUUGAUAAAGAGAUGGUUAUAACCAUUAUCCUCUUUAUUUCUCCUGCAGACGAGCAUUGUGGAUUUUCUUCUAUAUCAGUAAAAAAAAAAUCAAAAUGGACGGCUUUCCUGUGGUUGAUUUGAAUUUAAAUUAGGCUGUGGUGAUCCUCUGCUCCUUAUUAUAAUAUGACCGAUUGGUGAUGCCACUUCAACAUCAAGAGGAUUGACACUUGAAAUAUAAACAGGACAUAUUCAUAAUUUUUUUAAUGUCUGUGAACAGUUGUAUAAAAUCGACUCUCUGCCACAAACUUUCACCAAACUCUUAAACACCCCAAAUUUACAGGAGAGGAUACCCAAACCUGAAUAAAUUGACCAUUUUUAGAGAAACUGCAACAAGCGAAACAUCAAAAUGAUUCACUUAUGGCGGUUUUGUUUUACGCUCAAAUGAGAAUUGAACAGAUAAAAUCUUAAGAGCUGAGUGUGAAGAUUAUGUCCAGCAGACUGAUGAGUUGAAUGUGAAUGUUUGGAGAUGGGAUCAGUCAUGAGACCUGUCGUCAGUUGUAGUGUAGUACCAUGACUCAACCAGCAGGGGGCAGUGUUUGGCUGUGAAAUUGUAUAACAAGUCCAUAUGGUGUUUUGCAAGGAGUAACCCCUGCUCCUCAUUUGUCUUUAUGUAGAAAGUGUAAUUUUUGUGGUAUAAUCCUUUACCAGCAUGCACCUCAGAUUCAUCAUGAAAGUAUGCCCUCUAUUUCUAUUCGACAAACACUUUCUUGUUUUUUAUCGACUGUUUCCUGGCUUCUUUCCUCAGGGCACUCACGAGAAGUCGUCAAAGAAGUAGACUCAAGUUUUAAUGGCACAGAGAGAUCAUCUGUUUCCCAGAGGCUGUCCAAAUCUGACGCUUACCCAUCCAACCCCGUGGGACCUACAAGUGAUUAUCGUCAGCCGUCAGAGCAGCCAGCGGUUCUGCAGCGGCCAGAGAUGUCUUCUCCUGUCAGAGAGUCGGCCAUGAAAACGCCUCCUCAGCCCGCGUCCUCUCAGCUCUCGAUGCCUCCUGCGGCAGUGUCGACAUCCACGACCAAGGCCUCGACACCUCCGCAGGGCUCGGCAGCUCCUGCCGUCUCUGAAUCUCCCACAUCUGCACCGCGCCCCCCUACAGCAGCAUCGCAGGCUCAAGCACGGAUCUCAACACCUCCUCUAAUGAUGCAGUGCCCCAAGCCUCCCGCUUCCGCUGCUGAAUCCAAGCAUCCAUCAGCAGGGUUCUCCUUCUCCUCCUUGUCUGCAUCACCUCCAAAGUUUUCUACACCUCCUCAUUCAGCUGAAACAUCUAGACCCGCACCUCUUUCCUCAGUUUCAGAGUCAGACGCUAAUCAGAACAAGUCUACAGUGCCCCCUACUGCUUAUGGCCCGCCUAGACCUGCCUCCCCUCCUGCCCUCGUGCCCACAUCCUCCUACUCAGUGUCUGCGCCGAUCUCAUCUCUUCAACGGAUGGUUCAAGGGUCCAAGCCGCCUCUGCUGACACCGUGCUUUCCAGACAAAUAUGGAGGUCAACAUGAGAAGCCUGGCCCCCCCAAACUGUUGUCCACUCCCUCAAUACACAAGCCCCCCCUCAGCCCAGGACCUCCAUCCUCAACACCACCUGUUUUAUCUACGUCUACAUCUCCUGCAUCAGCGUCGAAAUCUCCUUCAGCUGGCGGUAAAGCUCCAGCGGCCACAUCCAAGUGUCAGGCAGACACUCCUCCACCUGCUAUCUCUGAUCUUCCCGCUGCCUCUGCAGCACCACAACCACCUGCAACCACAAACCUCCCCCCAGCCCAGGAAAGCCCCACAAUCCGACCUCUGUCCACCCUACCUCUUCUAACCACUCAAGCCUCCAGGACUGCACCCAUGUCCGGCCCUCCUGCCUUGGUGUCUGUGCUUUCAGCGACGGGUAUGCCUUCUGGAGCGGUCCGAAAUACUGGCACUGAGCAGCCUCCUCCUGACACCACUUCUCCUCAUCCAAAGUCUCCCAAGCAAGAGCACCACGGUCACAGUGAUUACACGAAAGAGGUGAAAAGGAACGGGAAACCAGGAGGUCAUCUGUCUCAGUUUGAUUCUGGCAUCGUAAAGACGGCACAGGAAGCAGAAGCUGCUGAAACCACAAAAUCUGAGACCCUCACUCCUCAGCCCCUCUCAAAUCCUCCAGGUAAACCCUCGCAGACCACAAUCCCCUCACCUGCUCAGAAGCCUGAAAACGAAAAGACGGAAUCUGAAAAGCACCGAAUGAAAAGCACGGUCACCUGUGCGGAUGAAGAGGAGCAGACACCUUUCAGAAAGUCCUCACAUCCUCAUCGCAGGGUAGAAACGACUGAGGAAGAAAGUUUCGAAUACUCGUCUGAGUUUGACACCCCCUCUAGACUUCAUGUCAGCUCCUUAUUAGAAGAGUCCUCUCGUGUCGAAGACGAUAGCUCCUGCAAAGACGACUCCUCCCGCUUUGACAGCAGCUUCUUCACCCAGAAGAAAGCUUCUCGGAUCGACAGCUCUCGCCGUGGAGAAGAGGAGCCGUCGACCGCGUUUGACACCACUAAAGACAGCAGCUCUUCCGCGGACGACUACAGAGAUGACACGCUGGACUCCACGAAGGGAGAGGAAGUGUCUGAGGCAGAAGAGACCGAGGACAGCUCCCAGAUCCCAGAGGACUCGGUGCUGGAGUCUUCUGUUAACAGUAGCUCUCAGAUGGAAGAACCCUCUGUGGACUGCGGUGAUGUCUCCAACUCACACUCGUUUGUGUCCUCUCAGCCAAGUCAGCAAGGUACGCUCUAAUGUUGAUUCUGGGAAGCAGAGCACAUCGGUAGACACAAGGGCAUGUUGCUUCUCAGAUACUCCCACCUCUCAUACCUUCAGCAGCAAAUACAGGAAUAAAGACAAAGAGAAAUAUGAAUAUUAAUGACAACAUAUGCAUAGAAGAAUGUAGAUCUACAAUGAUUAACAGACUCAAACACUCCUACAUUUGAGCUUUUCUUCUUCGAUUAGUCUGCGUUCAAGUUACCUGAGAAGUCAGAAGCUGGGAAUGACGUCACACCGGAGUUACCAGCGCAAGUCGGAGAAAAGCAAAAUCGGAGAUGGAAACAAGAUGGCUACAUCUAAGUAAAGUUGUUUUGGCGCUUGCCUUGUCCGAUUAUAAGCAAGGACAAAACAAGCGCUUAAAUAACUUUCUUAGAUGAAGCUAUCUUGUUUCCCCCUCCGAUUUUGCUUUUUUUUCGUCUUGGUAAAAGCAAAAUUGGAGGCGGACACAAGAUGACUACAUCUACGAAACGUUGUUUUAGCGCUUGCCUUGUCCGAAAAUAAUAAUAAAUAACUUAUAAACAAUAAAUAACUUUCGUAGAUGUAGCUAUCUUGUGUCCGCCUCCAAUUUGGGAACUGAAACGCUGGUAACUCAGGUGUGACGUCAUUUCCAGCUCGGACAUCAGACUUCUGAGGUAACUAGAACGCAGCAUUCAUUUUUAUUCACUACCAUAUUUUUCGCACUAUAAGGCGCACCAUCAAUGAAUGCGUCUAUUCGCGUCUAUUUUCAUACAUAAAGCGCACCAGAUUAUAAAGCGCAUUAAGCAAAACAAAAUGCUCCAACAAGCCAUCAGGCUGUGCGGCUUUCUAGCUUACCGAAGUCCUGUGGAUUUUAAGGAUUUUAAGUGUGCCUUAUAGUGGGAAAAACACUGUACUUAUUUCCCAUCUGUCAGACUUUAAUGACAUUCUUCUGUAUCUCUGAAAUUUGAUGUUUUUCGUUUCAUCUCAGGCGCACAAGCAGAGUGGGAACCCAGAGGACACGAUACACCAGACUCUGUCGGGCGCCUCAGCAAGAAGACUUCGCCGAACGACGAGCCGAUGACUCCCUUGAGUUUCAAAAUGAGAGAUGAGAACUUCAUCGCUUUCAGUACCCCAGCAGAGGACCCUGCCGUACACCCACUCCAACCUGUGACUGAUCAGACUGCGUCAGCCGCUGGAGGACAGUUAAGAACCCCAGGGAAACCACGCAAACCUCGAACUCCAAAGGCGGUUUUGGCGUCAACUCCAGGUAUUGAUUACUCUCACUCAACUUGUAGAGAUCGUUUUAAAUGUUUUUAAUUCUGAUUUAACUGCUUUGUUUUUUUUUUCUUUUAAAUUUAAAGCUCCAGAGGGGGUCCAGCGGAAGCCCCGCGGUCGCACCCCUAAGUGGUUGAAGUUGAAGGCUGAAGAGCAGGAGGCAAAUAAAGAGCAGCCGGUCAAAGGCAGAAAGAGGAAGAAGUCCUUCAGGGCGGACGCUCAAGGAACAUCAGAUGAAUGCGGAGAGGCGGGGCCGUCCACCGAGGAGAUCGAUAGCAUCACAGCCACAAUCGAAGCCGUUCUGGCAAACGCCUCAGCUCUGAGUGCCGCAGUCGUGAAACCCAAGAAGGCUCGGAGGGCGAGGAAACAAGACCAGGAAGGACACCUUGGGAAAACACCCAAACAGGAUGAAGAAAAAACUGCUGAUGAUGCCGAGGAGAACGACGACGACAGCUCCACUGCAGGUAACAGAGAGAAACCUUUUUUGACAUAUUUGAGUUUUACAUAUUUAAUGCAAAUCAUGGUGACGUGGAUUUGGUCCAACAGGUGAAGCCAAAGGACGGAGAGUUGCGACAGAGGAGCAGGUUCAGUUCCCGUUGCGACACGGGUAAGUUUUCUACAUCAUAGUUCAUAGAUUUUGUUUAUUGUGUGCGUCGCUAAUGGAAACGAUAAUAAUUCAAUGAUGAACUGUUCUCACUGUAGCUGGAGGAGAGAGAUCCGCGUGAGGAAAAUGGAGAACCGCAUGAGAGGGGAAACCUGGUACUACACACCUUGCGGAAGGAGGAUGAAGCAGUUUCCAGAAAUAAUCAAAGUAAGUUUUCUUGAUCUAAAAGUGAAAAGUUAAAGCUUAAACUACUUAAACCAGCUGAUGUGUUUCUGAUGUCGAGACACUGACCGCUCUCUGCUCUCCCACACAGUACUUGAAGAGGCACACGGACAGCGUGGUCACCAGAGAACACUUCAGUUUCAGCCCGCGCAUGCCUGUGGGAGACUUUUAUGAAGAAAGAGAAUCUCCUGAGGUGUGUACGGCGUCCUCUGUUCAACGACUGAUGAAAAAAUCUAAACAUUUAGGGACUGAUCGAUGUCUUUUACGUCACAGGGUAUGAAGUGGAUCCUCUUGGCCAACGAGGAGGUUCCCUCUAUGAUCAUGGCCAUCACGGGACGCCGAGGCCGACCUCCAAACCCCGAUAAAGAAAAACCUCGCAGGGUCCGCGGCGUGAAAGGAGGGCAGGCUCGCCGCCCGGGUAGACCUCCAAAACCCAAGAUGGUUGACUUCCUCAGCAAAGUUGACGCCAAGCUGCUGAAGCGGCUUGAAGCCAAGGGUGAGUGGAAGCAGACUGCAUGAAUUUGAGUGCGUAUGGAUGUUCCUGCAGCUUAAAAUUAAUGCUUUUUUUGUUUGUUUUUUAAUCACAGAAGCUCUCACUGAGGAGGAAAAGGAGAAACUUGCAAAAAUCAAAAAGAAAAUGAAGAGAAAGGUUUGUUCGCUACAUGAUGAGUUAAUGUUCGGGUUGCACUAUCUCUGAUUUCCAAGCCUGAGUUUGUUUUUGCUUUAUUCUAUCCAGGCAAGAAUGAAGAGAAGGGAGGAUGCGAAGAUCAAGAAGAUAAAAAUGGAGAAAAGGAAAGCCAAGGUAGAGGAAACAUCAAAUAUACAAAGAUGAUAAUAAUCUCCUCCGUCAGCACCACCAACUCUUAACUUCUUUUCUUGCUUUUCAGCUUGAGCAAAACGCCAAGGACCUCGAGGUGAAGGCUGAACCGAUCGACCCGACAGCCCCGCAGGUCUCGCAGCCAGCACCAGCCGCAGAGCCCAAGAAACCGGGCCGGAGGAGGUCCGUCAAAGUCGAGGCUCCUCCACCUGUACAGCAAACCGAUGAGGAGAGGAUAGCCCAGGGUAAGAGGGUGCUGGGCGCUCGCAGUAAAGCGAAAGCGCUGGCGAAAGCUCAGGCGGAGGCGGCGGCCGCAGCUCAGGCGGCGCAGGCAGCUAAGAGGGCGGCCGAGAGGAGAGCGCAGGCCCAGAGACGAUUGGAGGAGAGGAAGAGACAGCAGCUGAUCGCAGAAGAGCUGAAGAAGCCCACAGAGGACAUGUGUCUCACUGACCACAAAGUGAGUUUUUCUUUUUAAUGUGUCAUCUGUUUGAACAAUCUCUGAUUACUGAAAGUGUUUUUUAAUGAAUUUACAAACGUCUCUCUCCCAGCUUCUCCCAGAGCUGUCCCGUGUUCCUGGUUUGGUUCUGUCCGGCACCUCUUUCGCUCACUGCCUGGCUGUGGUCGAGUUCCUGCACGGCUACGGGAAGAUAAUCGGCAUCAGCGUACCGGACGACAUCCCCAGCCUCUCUACGCUGCAGGAGGGACUCCUCGGUCUGGGUGACAGCCAAGGAGAGGUCCAGGACCUGCUGAUAAAACUGAUGGAGGCAGCGCUCCACGAUCCAGGCCUGCCGUCAUACUACCAGGUGGGCAGUACAGCUUCAACACACGUUCCACAGGUGAGAUCCAACCUUUAUAUAGACCUUUAAAUCUGAACCUUUCACUCUUUUUCUCCACAUUUAGUCGGUGAAGAUCCUCGGAGACAAGCUGGUGGAGCUGGAGCUGACCCGCAGCACCGUCUCAGAAGUGCUGCGGAUCUUUCUGGAGGCGUACGGCUUUGAUAACGAAGUCUGCAACACGCUGAGGACCAAAACUUUUCACGCUCUUCCUCCUGACACCAAGGCUGCCAUUUUGGGUUUCGUGGUGGAGGAGCUGAACAGUAGUAACAUAGUGAUAAAGUAAGAGAAGCAGCAUCACUGUAGAGCCUGCAUGUCUGUCCCCUCUGCCUCUCCUGUUGUGUAUUAAAAUGUAAAUGUUCUAUUUCAGUGACAUUGACAACACGUUGGAAAACAUGGCGACUUACAGGAAGAACAAGUGGAUCAUUGAGGGGAAACUGCGCAAGUAAGUUCAGAGUUCAGUUCUUUACAGGAGGACCCAUCACAGCUAGUCAACAUGCUGACCCUUGUUGUUUUCCCACUUACAGACUGAAGGCGGCGCUAGCACGUCGCACAGGACGCUCAGAAGAGGAGCUGUGUUUCGAGGAGAGGAGGCGCAGCGCCAGGGUGGCCGAGGAGGAGAACCUCAGCUUGGAGGAGAGCGGCGGCGUCAACGAGAGAGGCAACCGCCGGGCGCGCAAGGAAGAACCCAAACUCAGUGAUGUACGUCUCCGCUCGUGUGUUUCUCUUUCGCACUUCUAGAAACUGACCAAACUUAAGGUGAUAGAGCUCUCUCCAUCAGAGCUUUGGAACGACCUGCAAGAGGAGAUAAGGCGCGCAGAGAUGGUCGCUUCUUUUAAGUGAAAUUUAAAAACUCACUUUUACAGACUUGCUUUUAUGCAAUGCCGUCUUUUCUCUUCUUUCUUUUAUCUCCUUUACCUCUAUCUUAUUUCAACUUACUGUCUUUUUAGCCUUUGUUUUACUUAUAAUCUUUUCCUUUUUAACCUUUUAGGCCUUUUAUUGAUUUUAUCGUUUUUCCUGCUCAUUUUUGUUAUUUCAUUUUAUCAUUAUUAUUUUGUUAUGAUUUUUGAUAUUGUUUUGUAAUAUUUACUAUCCUGUUUCCUGCUUUCUACCCCCCUUUUUUACUACAUUUCUUUCUCUCACCUAUUUUAUUUGUUUAUUUUGGUCCUCAUGGUCUCAUUUUAUCUUGUAGGGUUCUUGUAUUUUCUGGGUUCCUUAUGACAAAUGACGUUGACCUUCAAUUCAGAGGCCUUGUUUUAAACUGAGCUUUUGUUUUUUUAUUUGUUUUUAUUUCCAUGUGCUAAUGUUCCAUGCUUUACGACUGUUUGUAAAACUUUGUAAACUUCAGUUUUUAAAAGUGCUAUAAAAAUAAAGUUAUUAUUUUUAUAUUUUUUUUCUUUCAGAGUGAAAGCCCCACUAAUGCCAGCAUUCCAGAGCUUGAAAGGCAGAUAGAUAAGCUAACUAAGGUGAGUUUGCUGCUGCGACACUUAUCACGGCGUUUCACGCAUUUGUGUUCUUGUAUUCUAAAUCUUCCUGUUGUUUUCUUUUUCGUAGCGACAAGCGUUUUUCCGUAAAAAGCUGCUACAGUCGUCUCAUUCCAUGCGGGCCGUGCUGCUGGGCCAGGACAGGUACCGACGUAGAUACUUGGCUCUACCUCACCUCGGAGGAGUUCUAGUUGAGGGUCCAGAGGAGCUGCUGAGUGAGUCUGAAGCCGCAUUUGAAGGAAAUGUCUUUCUUGUGUUUUGAGGUUUUUUUGAUCUAAACUCUGGAUUUCUCGUGCAGCUUCUGGAGAGGUCCUUGUAGCUGAAGUUCCCGUCACCUUCCUCAAGAAGGAGCCCAAAGUUGAAGAACCUGCCUUGCCUACAACUCCCCCUCCGACUCUUCCAUCCUCCCCUACCUCUGCAACCCCUGCCCAGGCCCAGACCUUCUCGCCAGAUGAGGAGGACCCGCUCCCCGGCACUGCGUCGCUCAUGAGCCAGCCGCGAGGUCGAGGGCGGCCCCGGAAAAUCAAACCAGAAGUCGAGCUCCACCUCCGCACGGCCAAAAUUCGUCGCAGGCGUCGAAGUAGCGCCCGAUCCGGAGGGGACGAAGGACCGGGAUCACCAAACAGCACGCAUGACCUCACGCAGGCCGCCUUCCAGAGCUGGCUCAGCCAAUCGCAGGAAGGGAUGACCAACUCAGGAGCGGGGGACGCUCCAGAGGGGAACCGACCCGAGGAGAGUGUGAAGGAGAUGGCCGAAAAACAGGGACAGUGGUUCAACCUGCUCCCCAAACAGCCGUGUGAUGAGAACUCUCUGACGGAGCCCCAGAUAUCCAACUCAACGAGCCCACCUACAUCACCCCCCAAACUCCUCCCACAGAUCCCAAGUGCCCUAUCUGGACCAGAUGCUCCACUUGUACAGGUUCACCAUCUCUUAAUCCUGCUGUUCUGAUAAUCUGUUAGUCCUCUGUUGAUAAUCUGUUAAUAAAUGAUCCUUCUCCACCCGUCAGCCGGACCCGCUCAUGCCUGGCCUGGCUCCCGCCGACCUUGUGACACCAGCAACACCACAGGACGCUUCCUGUACAGCCCCUGCUCUUCCUUUUUGCGACCAGCCGCCACCACUGCCCCCUCAGCUACUCCCAGCGCCCAUCCCUCCCACCAAGCGGGCUCUGACCUCCCCCGGGAGACCGGGUCGCAGGCGAAGAAGAGGCAGUAGGGGCAGCAGUCCCGCUCGCAGGGGGCCGAGAGGAGCUGCGGCUAAACGUCGGGGUCGACCUCCGAACGCCGUGUUCCAGGAGCUGGAGCAGCAGUACUUCACACAGCUGGUGGUCAAACCUAUUCCGGCAUGUAAGUAAACGUCCGACUAAAAACGGUGAAGUCUGUCUGUCUUUUUAAAACGUGUCAUUUAACGCCUGUUUUUCUACUCCAGCGAUGGUGCGAGGCUGGUGGUGGAUUAAGGAGCCAGAGGAACUCUACAGCACCUUACAGGCCCUCCAUCCCAGGGGCGUCAGGGAGAGGGUGCUCCAUAAGCAUCUGGCCAAACACAUGGAAAGUUUGGCUGAAAUGUGCACCAAAGCUAUCAAUGGUAAACGCUGUUGGUUACUCAGACUUUAAACUCUGAAACACAAAGAGGAGAUAUGCUCUGUUUUUAAGAAGUGUUAAAUCCCGUGUUCUCAAUUUCCAGAGAUUUACACCUGACAGUCAUUCUUCAAAAAUGAAAACAUACCAGACCUGUUUAGGGAUACUUUAAGCAAGCUCAAUUUCUUAACAACCUCUCUUGCGUGUUUUCCCUCAGACCCCUUGUUUGACUUGAAAGUGGAGGAGAAGGAUGUGCUGAUGGAGGCUCUGCAGCAGCCCUGGCAAGUACAGGAGAAGGCAAUGGAGACUGACAUCAGCGCCCUGCAGUGGGUGGAGGACCUGGAGCAGCGGGUCAUCGCUUCUGACUUACACCUCAAGGUGAGAAAUCGCCGACAUUUUGAAGACGAAGGUAUCAUCAGAGUAAAGAUACUGUCUUCUAACGGAGACAGUAUGUCCAAAAAUUGGUUCAAUCACUUUUGUAACAGACUAAUUCCAGAGAUAGUGUUCUGCUUUUGUGUUCAUGUUUGUGUGUGUGAAAGCUAACUGUUCCUUCUGUUGAUUUCAAGGCCCUUCCUCAGGGCGCAGUAAAUGAAGCCGAGUCUAAUGGAGAGACACCGCUGGCUGAAUUCCAGGUACCAAAAGGUUCUUUCAAAAUUAAAGUAAUCCAGAACUCCAUUUUCGUUAUCUCCCUGACUGAUUUGAAUCUUCUCUUCUCUUCUCUCUUCAAGCCUUACACAAUCCCAGACCCAGAUUCCACACGUGAGGACCUCCAGUACUACGAGCAUGACGCCGACCCGCAAGACGACUGGAUUGUGCGGACUAAGAAGGAGUGGUCGGGUCUGCCGCGCAUCGCCACGCACCCUCUGGACUUGGCCGUGCUGCGGCUGGCGAAUCUGGAGCGAAACAUCGAGAGACGCUACCUAAAAGAGCCGCUGUGGAACCCAGCUGAGGUGAUGAAACUGGCUCCUCUCACCCCAACACCCGGAGAGGAGAUGACCAUGGAUGUCAUCAGGUAAGGAAAUUUGUCUUAGAUUUCUUGAUUUGAUGUCUUUAAAAUGCUCUUCUUUUGGAGACAGUUUUUAAAGCAGGUGGUUUAUGUAAAGUCUAAGAUCAACAAGAACAAAAUCUUCAACAAGUUUCUUCUCUUUUAGUCUGGAGAGUGAGAUCACGUCUCGGCUACGCACAUGGCGACAGGCUCUGGAUCGCUGCCGCAGCGCUCCUCAGCUCUGUCUGUGUUUACUUCAGCUGGAGAAGGCCAUCGCCUGGGAGAGAUCGGUGACUAAAGUGGUGAGAAACUUUGCCCCUUGACCGCACAGACGGUUCUUCAAAAAUCAGAAGUCAUUGUUGUUUCGACCACUAAGGCUUUAUCUUUGUUUCUUUGUGGUUUCUAGACCUGUCAGAUUUGCAGGAAAGGAGACAACGAUGAUUGCCUGCUGCUAUGUGACGGCUGUGAUAGAGGCUGUCAUAUGUACUGCCUUAGGCCUAAAAUCACCCAGGUACCCGAGGGAGACUGGUUUUGUCCCACCUGUGUUGCUAAGGUAAUAUACUCAUGUCUGAUCUUUGUUUCCAAGCAACACGUACUUUUACUUCUUGUUCUUGAUCGGCUGAAUCGGUGUAUUUGCUCUGUCUUGCAGGAUGAAAGUAACGCGUCACACUCGUCCAAAAAGAGGACCAGAGGGAAGAAGAGAAGAUAUGAAGACGACAGCUCUGAAGAUGAAGCAGCAACAACAACAACAACGACAUCGACUCGCCGUAGUGGCGGCAUGUCGACGCGGUACAAGGAAACGCCACCGCCCUCUUCCUCUUCUUCUUCUACUCGUUUCUCUGGCGAGAGCGGUGGCUCUAAACGCCGCCGCAUGACAACGCGUAACCAGCCCGACCUCACCUUCUGCGAGUGAGUCAUCCCAUCAUCUCUCUGUGGAGUUGUUGACAGACUCAUACCGUCUGUGUCGUUGUCAGUGAUGUGCGUUAAUAAUACUUGUGUUUUUUCAAGGAUCAUUCUGAUGGAGAUGGAGGCUCACGCCGACGCCUGGCCAUUCCUUGAACCUGUCAACCCGCGCCUGGUGCCAGGCUACCGCCGCAUCAUCAAGAACCCCAUGGACUUCCUGACCAUGAGAGAACGACUGCUUCAGGGAGGGUAAGAGCAAAUUAAUCAGGCAUCUCAUUAAGAAGCACAUAGUGAUUACUUUUACCAAGGUACAUGUAGGGGUAAAAGUAAAAUUUCAACGUUAACAUCUAAAAUUUUGUUAAUUUGAGAAAAAUGACUACCCAUGUCUUAAGUCAUACUUUUCACCCGUUUUCUUCCUAACACCUCUUCUGAUUAUAAUCUAACCCAACAUAACAUAACAUAACAUAUAUCAUUUAUCAUAUAUAAUAUCAUAUAUAAUAAAUUAUCAUGUAUUAUAUCAUAUCAUUUGUCAUUUAUCAUAUCAACCUAACAUAACAUAACAUAUAUAAUUUAUCAUAUCAUUUAUCAUAUAUCAUUUAUCAUAUCAAAUUAUUUAUAAUUUAUAUAUAUUAUAUCAUUUAUCACAUCAUAUAAUUUAUCAUUUUUCAUAUAAUUUAUCAUAUCAUUUAUCAUAUCAUUUUUAGCAAUAUUUAUCAUAUCAACAUAACAUAACAUAUAUUAUUUAUGGUAUCAUAUAUCAUAUCAUUUAUCAUAUAUAUCAUAUUAUUUAUCAUAUCAACCCAACAUAACAUAACAUAACAUAAUAUACAUCAUUUAUCAUAUCAUUUAUCUUAUAAUUUAUUGUUUCAUAUAUUAUUUAUCAUAUCAUAUAAUAUAUAUUUUAACAUUUAUCAUAUUAUAUAACAUAUAUAUAAUUUAUCAUAUCAUAUAUUAUAUCAUUUAUCAUGUCAAACCAACAUAACAUAACAUAUAUCAUUUAUCAUGUAUUAUAUCAUUUCUUUUAUCAUAUAUCAUUUAUAUCAUUUAUCAUACCAUAUAUCAUACAAUUUAUCAUUUAUUAUAUCAUAUAAUGUAUCAUAUAUAUCAUACAUCAUUUAUCAUACCAUAUAUCAUUUAUCAUAUUAAUAAAGUUAAUCUAAUCCUCCUGUGUGUUGUGUCUCAGGUACUGCAGCUGUGAGGAGUUCGCAGCCGACGCUCAGCUCGUCUUCAACAACUGCGAGCUGUUCAACGAGGACACUUCGGAGGUGGGGAUGGCCGGACACGCCAUGAGGCGCUUCUUUGAGAGCCGCUGGGCGGAGUUCUACUCAAAUAAGGACAAAUAGAAGCCUCCGGUGUUUCUCCUCAUGGUGGGGCUGUAAACUGUUGGUGCUUUCACCGUCCCAGUCAGACACUCUCGCUCCCAUUACUACAAAGACUUUCUGGAGGCUCUUCCAGCUAUGUGUACUCUCUUAUGUAUAGGUAUAUAUGUAUAGAUUUUGGCUAUUUGUCUGUUAUUGUUCCCUCCAUGGGCCUCAUAUUUUCCAGGCCCACAGCUGAACUGGCUUGAACUCUUUGUACUCACUCCCUAUCACAGAGAGCGUCAGCAUGUCUUUUCUUCACUUUUCCCCCCUCUCCUCCUAUCAUGUCGUCUCAUCUUCAUUUCAACACCUCAUCUCCUGUAUAUGUUCUCCCUGUCAGAUCCUUUCACAAGCCCCAUGUCGUAGCGAGGCCUUCGGUCAAGCCCCUCUGGAGGGUGAUGACACGGUCUCAGGCCCCCCCACCCCGAGUGUUUUGGCUCUCAGACUCGCAUUGAAGGUCAGGGACUGAUCACGCUGUCGCAGCCUCACUGCUGCACACUGGACCUGCUCAGCGCCGCUUGACAACUAAAUGGAUCAAAACUCCUGGGCCAUUUCUUACCUGUUCAAUGGAAAUGUAAUGUACCGUGGUCUUAUGCCUAGAAGUAACUUUUUUGCUCAAUAUAUUUUUAUUAUAUAUUCUAUAUAUAAAUAUAUAUACAGAUUACAAUAGCUGGGAUUAUUUAAUAGCAAUAGCUUGUAGUGAAUGUGUACAGAUUACCUUAUAGAGAUGUCUAGACCAUUUAUGAAAAGGCCAGUUAAACUUAAAGGAAUCUGUCUUUGGACUGUCACGAGUAGACGUUGUAUAACCUCCACUUAAAGUCGUGCACGCACACUUUUCACCAACACAUACACAAUUUCACACACAUACUCACAGUCAACUGCUGUGUGAAAGGCACUGGUUUGUGAAACUGGAGGAUCUUUAGUCCGGCUUAGUCAGUCUGGGCUCGAAGGCUCAUAUUUUACUGUCCCUCUUGUUGAUAGUCAUCUAGUUCCAUCUGGUUUGUGGCACACUGUACGCAGGUGAAAGGAUGCUGCUUUCCAGAAGCUGUUCGCCUUUUAGAGUUUGCCCUGUUGUAAGAUAAAAAAAUGAUGUUUGCAGCAUUCGAUGACAAUGACACUUAACUUCUCGUUUUAGCAGGAAAACAUCCAGAAGGUGGUUAUGCACAAGGUUCAAAUCCUUACAUUUGAAGACUAUAAAUACAAAGUUGCUCUGAUCAUAACAAACCGGGUUCAUUCCUGCCUGGUUUCCUGUCUUACAUUCCUUCACUGAUAUUUUUUGUGCUUUUCGAGGGCCAACGUUAGAUGUUCCGCGGCACGGUUGGUGAGCUCUGAAAGCAAAUAGGAUGACUCCACAGUCUGGGUUUUAUUUAAACAUGUUUCUUACACUGAACUUGGAUCCGUUGAUAGGAAACAAACUUUGAUGUUCCUUGUUACACUUAAAGGGACAGAUGUUUUUUCAAAAAAGAAAAAAAAAAAACACGACAUGAAAACCAAACGUGGUGUCAAGUGAAUUUUUAAUAAUGUACAGUUUUGGUGACUUUAAAUUUGUUCCUUUAUAUUUUUAGGACCAAUUCAUCAUUUUUAAGAGGAGGUAUUACAAGACUCUGUCGUAUUAAGGUGAUGUAACACGUGUGCAUCUGUAGAAUGUACUGUGAGUUGAAUAAAACCACAUCUAGUAGAAAGAAAAA